CCCCAUCCGCAACCCUUGCCGUCGCAGCCACCCCCAGCCACCUUCCGCAGGGAUACGAGCGUGGAGGGCUGUAGAGACACCGCCGCUGCCGCUGACUGCUCAGGAGCAGCGAUGCCCGCCCGCCCGCUGAGAUCAACCGUCGCCGUGCCUUGCCCAGGGUGAGGAGGAUCGUUCUAAAAGCGGAGUCGUCGCCUGCUGUCGGUGCUAGUGCUCGUGUGUGUGUUUGUUCGAGUGCGUUUGAGGGCGGAGGAAGUAUGACGGACGUGUAUCAGCAACUGCCGCUCGCCGCAGCGCGCGGGGCAGGGGGCCCGCCGGGGUACGGCGCGCCACCCGCCAAGCACACUGUGCAUUGGUUCCGCAAGGGGCUUCGUCUGCACGACAACCCCAGCCUUCGGGAGGGGCUCAAGGGAGCCUCCACCUUCCGAUGCAUUUUCAUCCUGGACCCGUGGUUUGCGGGUUCUUCCAACGUCGGCAUCAACAAAUGGAGGUUCCUACUACAGUGCCUAGAAGAUCUGGACCAAAGUCUUCGGAAACUCAACUCACGGCUGUUCGUGGUCCGAGGACAGCCAGCUGAUGCACUACCUAAGUUAUUUAAGGAGUGGGGCACCACCAACUUGACGUUCGAGGAGGACCCCGAGCCGUUCGGCCGCGUGCGCGACCAGAACAUCAUGGCCAUGUGCCGCGAGAUGGGCAUCUCAGUCGUCAGCCGCGUCUCGCACACGCUGUACCGCCUCGAGAGCAUCAUCGAAAAGAACGGAGGGAAACCGCCGCUGACGUACCACCAGUUCCAAACGGUGGUGGCGUCCAUGGACUCGCCGCCGGCGGCCGAGCCGCGCAUCACGGCGCGCGCCAUCGAGGGCAUCCACACGCCGCUGCACGACGACCACGACGACCGAUUCGGCGUGCCCACGCUCGAGGAGCUCGGUUUCGACACGGAAGGUCUGCUGCCCCCUGUCUGGACAGGAGGAGAAUCAGAAGCUUUGGCGCGCCUGGAGAGGCACCUUGAGAGGAAAGCAUGGGUAGCAUCAUUUGGCCGGCCCAAGAUGACUCCCCAAUCUCUACAAGCUUCACAAACAGGACUUAGUCCAUAUCUUAGGUUUGGCUGUCUUUCUACCCGUCUCUUCUAUUACCAAUUGACAGAUCUGUACAAAAAGAUUAAAAAGGCCUGCCCACCAUUAUCUUUACAUGGUCAGUUGUUGUGGAGAGAAUUCUUCUACUGUGCUGCGACAAAUAACCCCAACUUUGAUCGAAUGAAUGGCAAUCCUAUUUGUGUUCAAAUACCUUGGGAUCGUAAUCCAGAAGCCUUAGCCAAGUGGGCCACUGGCCAGACUGGAUUCCCCUGGAUUGAUGCCAUUAUGACACAAUUAAGAGAAGAAGGCUGGAUCCACCAUUUGGCUAGGCAUGCUGUCGCAUGCUUCCUCACUAGAGGGGAUUUGUGGAUUUCAUGGGAAGAAGGCAUGAAGGUAUUUGAAGAGCUUCUGCUUGAUGCCGACUGGUCUGUAAAUGCAGGAAUGUGGAUGUGGCUAUCUUGUUCAUCAUUUUUUCAACAAUUUUUCCACUGCUACUGCCCUGUAAGAUUUGGGCGUAAAGCUGAUCCAAAUGGAGAUUACAUCAGAAAGUACCUGCCUGUACUGAAGAAUUUUCCUGCAAAAUACAUUCAUGAACCUUGGAAUGCUCCUGAGAGUGUGCAACGUGCAGCUCGAUGUAUUGUGGGCAAGGAGUACUCUCUGCCUAUGGUGAACCAUGCUGUGGCAUCCCGCAUCAACAUUGAGCGCAUGAAGCAGGUUUAUCAGCAGCUGAGCAAGUACAGGGGCCCUCCCGGCCUUCUGGCAGCAGUUCCAUCAAGUCAGCAACCUAACAGGCAGAGCAACACUAAUAAUCCUUGCAGCAAGUAUGGAAGUGGUGGUUUGGGCCGCAUCAAACAAGAAGAAGGAGACAUAGUCUCAGAUCAAGAAGGCAAAGAAAAUAAUCAUAAGCACCAUCACACACUUCACAGUUUAAAUCAACAGCACAAUUAAAUGAUUUCAGAAAUAUUUGAGACAACGAGAAAAUCUGUUUAUAUGUACAUUCAUGUGUGGAUUGCGCUGAGUGUCAUCGUUGGUGCAAAAUUAAACAAUUAUACAUCCUCUAGGAUGUGUUUUAAAUGAUUGCUGGGUUUUGUACAGCAGAGACAACUAUUAUCACAUGUUCUUUCAUUAUUCAACAUCGAACACUGCGUACGUUUUGGUAAUGAAGGACAUCUAAAUAAGUGAAAAAAGUAAUAGAGAUACUUAGUAUCUUGACAAUACAAGAAUGUAAGACUGGCUCAAGACUGCAUUUUAGUGAGUUGUUUUUUCUGUUAGCCAAAGGAAUGAUCAUUGUGCAUGAAGCAGAGAAAACUGAAGUAUAAAGUUUAUUUAUAUGACAAGAGACUUAAAGCUUUGUCUAGGUGGCAUCUACAUUCCCAUGAACAGAUAUCACAAAGAAGAUGAAGAAAUAGAAGAGAAUUAAUUUAUUUUCAAACCUUUGUUCAUUUGAUGGGAGGAUUUUCUUAAGGCAACAAGUCAUCAAAUCAAACAUCAAAAUCUGCUAUGAAUCCUGUCAUUGAUCUAAUUAGUUAUGUAAAUUAAAUGUACAUAUUGAAACUUGUGUUCCCAUCAUGUGAUCUUUUGUGUCAGUGAUGAUAUGUAUGUUGUGAUGAAAUACAUUGUUGUGAUGUACUGAAGUACAAACAUGUAAAUUUUCAUACCUGUUCUUGACUACUAAUUUUGUGUAAUUUAAAAAUUUAAUACAUGAUCAUCACUUUUGUAUA